CAGUAUUAUAGCAACGACGAAGAAAGCAGACACGUACUAAAAUGAAUUUGUCGUGAACAACAAUUAGUACAAUUUGUAUUUUAGCACCAGCGAAAAUCAAGACGAUAACAAUUAUGCUGAACUACAGGGGGAGAGACGGUCGAGCAACUCGUGGCGUGCCACUGAAUGAGCGCAAGUCAACGAAUGCGUCGCAGACUGGGUGCAAACUCUCUUUAACGGGUGGCUUUGGGUUUGCUGAAGAUCAUGAUCUUGCUCAGAAAGAAUGGGAGGGGCACGACGACUUCUACAACGCCAGCAAUGAUUCUCCGCAGCAUGAUAUAUAUUUUGAAGGCUCUCAUCGACAAGUUCUUCUUGGGCAUCAGUUGGACCAACAAGAAGAAGGAGAUGGAGAGCAUUAUGAUGAAGCAUCUGCAACAGACAAAGCUUCUGGUGUCCCUUUUGCCACAGCUGCUGACAUCGAUUUUCUGAUGGGGGAGAUGCCCGAAGGAAAGCCUGACCCCCCUGAGAAUCUGGGUCGCAGUAUGGGUGGCAGUGCCUACCUGCGGUUUCGGCAGCGGGGCCGGAUGAACGAAGGGGCACCAAGAUAUCGAUUCUUAUGGACGAUCAUGCUGGUACACCUGGUAGUCUCGAGUCGUGUAGACUAAACUAUCUUGUUGCUUCCUCGUAGAAGUGCUGCGUUCGUCCGAGAUGAACAUCAGACACAAACGUAACCGUACACUUGUAACAACCACCCCCUCUCCUUCUAAGUCCAACAACCUGCAAAGCUAGCAGACUAGCCGAUGAGUUGUGUGCGAGAGAGAGGUAUAUGAGGUAUUUGGAAUUGCAGAACUUGGCUCUGCGGGAAAAGACAAACUACUUGGCGAUGCACCAGCCGAUGACGGAAUUUCGACCACGCUCAGCAUUGCAUUGGAACACAGCGGAGAGGGGGGAUCAUGUACUUUUUACUAGAAUUAAGUAUACGAUAAUCUACUAUCGUGGUACAACAACUACAUCGAUGAUAUUACAGGUCAUGCAGAUGUAGAUGUUCUUGUUAAAAAACUAAAGACUCUAGCAUCUAGUUCCAGUACUAGUACUGGAUGACCUCACAUCAACAUCAAGAAUUUCCAUUGUUGAUUGGACAAACAUAUCAGACUCUCCGCACUUGGGUUGCGAAACCUUCGGACGCGGUCUGCGCUACUGAAAGGGACAGAUUGCGCGUACUUUAUCGCAGACAUCCUAAGGGCUCGGUGCCUAAACGAACCAAAGACAUGCCAGACUUUGAGAAAAUACAUCGCGUAGAGUUGCGUAGGCGUAACCGCAGUGCGUCGGUUACAAGGAGGGAAAAAGUAGGCAAACGAGACUUUCGAUGUGACAAGAAUGGACGAAUAAUACCCACUGGGAAGCAGGAGCUUCAAAGAGCAGGAGGCGAAGAGCAAGUGUUACAACGACUAAGACACGAAUCUUCAAGGUUUGAAAAAGGAGAUCUCACAUCUCCUUCUGGACGUGGUUUCUUCAGUCGCAGACAUAACUUUCAUGAGAAUGCACCGACUACAACGACAUCAAACCCGAUUGAUGUAGUAGGAGAUGGCAAUGUAGUAUCUUCGCCAUUUGCGCGUGCGGCUGAUGUUGAGGAACAAGAUGAAGAAGAGCAUGGAAAGGAUAUUGAGGAUCCUGAGCUCUCUAGUCAUUUUUGA